AUGGUUACAUACCUGCUAAGAUUUAGAAUGGAGGUAAAUUCUGUAAACCACCAGGGGUACACAGCUCUGGAUGUGGCUCAAGCAAAAGCAAGCUACGUCGAGAAAUUUGUAAGUGUACGAGCAUUACGAGCAGCUGGAGCGACGAUAUCUGAUAAAAGAUCACGUAAAAAUGUUGCAAGGAUGAAUUCAAGGUCAAACAAGAACUUAAAAGCAUCACGUUCCUCUCAUCAGCCUCGUCAUCAGAGGCAAAAACGUCAACGAAGAAAGCAGCUUGAUGUUGAUCUCUAUACCGAGAGUCUGAGAAAUGCUCGAAACACGAUAAUAAUUGUUGCAGUUUUAAUAGCAACGGUGACAUUUGCAGCAGGCAUUGACCCUCCUGGGGGAUUUAAUCAAGUAACUGGAAAUGCAGUUCUUGGGAAGCAAACUUCUUUUAAGGUCUUUCUGGUAUGCAAUAUUGUGGCUUUAUUCCUUUCUAUUAGCAUUGUGAAUGUACUUGUGAGCAUUAUUCCUUUCGAGAGGAAAUCCAUGAUGAAAUUACUGACGAUAACUCACAAGUUAAUGUGGAUUUCUACACUGUUUAUGGCAUCAGCUUUUAUUGCAGCCAUUUGGGCUAUAAUGCCAAAGGGAAAAGGUAGAAGAUUUGUUGAAGUGGAACUAGUAGUAAUUGGAGGAGGGUGCACAAUGACUGUUUUUUGUGGGCUUGGGAUAAUGUUGGCAAGGCAUCGGUAUAAGAAGCACAAAUGGAGGAAAGAAAAAGAGAAGAAUGUUAAGGAUGGAACCCCAACAAGUAGUAGUAGUAGUAACUCUGACGUUGAUUGCUCUGAACAUGGUUACCAUUCGUAUUAG